AUGGGGCAACCUCGGUAUGCAACCUCUCACCAAAUUGCGACAUCCUCGACCGGAGCAUCAACUCAUAGCACUAUCGAGCUUGUCCCUCCUACAUCAUUUCGCACCUCAAUCGCUUCAAACCAAUCACUAACCCACCGCGCGCUUCCAGGCUCCCAACCCCAAAAAGGCGUGACGUCGUACACCCUCUCGCCCAACCGGCAACGACCCCUCGGCGGAGCCUUCCACGCCGCCAUCUUCAACACAACCAGGAGGACCAAAGACCAAAUUCUGUUCUGGCUGGCACCGAUGGUGAUCGGGUACGCGGUGAUGGACUGGGCGAUCCAGAAGAACGAAUACUACAACUCAAAACCCGGGAGGAUGGCGGCCGAGGAGCAUGGAGCAGAGACCGAAAUCAACAUGAAAGGCUGA